GCUGGUGGAGCAUGUUACUGUCACUGAGCUGCAGUCUGAGCACUGACAGGUUAGCUGUCAUCAUCACGCCUCGCCACAUCUAACGGCAGCUAACUAGUUAGCUAAAUGUGCGAUGAUGCGGUGCGAUCAUGCACCGGGAAUUCAUUGAUCAUGGCUAGUUUACGAGUGUCGUUAGUGGUGGUUGUUCAGGCUGUCCUGUACGGAACCAGCGAGGCUCUUUGGUGUAACUGCACCACCGCCCAGUGUGACAAGACUGGCUCCCAGUGCGAGACCGACGGGGCCUGCAUGGCCUCCACUUCCUUCAUUGAUGGCCAAGAACAGCACAUUCGGAUUUGCAUCACGCGGGAUAAACUCGUGCCCCCUGGACAACCAUUCUACUGCCUCGGCGCAGAGGGCUUACUCAACAUCCACUGCUGCUACACUGACUACUGCAACAGCAUUGACCUCAAAGUGCCCUCUGUGACAACCCAGUCGGGACUCGGGGGAGGCUACGGCCCAGGUGGGACAUGGGGUCUGGUGGAACUAGUCGCUGUGAUUGCGGGGCCGCUGUUCCUGCUGUGUCUGCUGCUGCUGGUGGGCGUGUUCGUGUAUCAGUACCACCAGAGAGCCUACAGCCACAGGCAGAGGCUGGAGGUUGAGGACCCCUCCUGUGACCACCUCUACCUAGCCAAAGACAGGACCCUGCAGGACCUCAUUUACGACCUGUCCACAUCUGGUUCAGGCUCAGGUCUGCCUCUGUUUGUCCAGCGGACUGUGGCCAGGACAAUCGUCCUCCAGGAGAUCAUUGGUAAGGGGCGUUUCGGCGAGGUGUGGCGCGGACGUUGGAGGGGUGGUGACGUAGCGGUGAAGAUCUUCUCGUCCAGAGAAGAGCGCUCUUGGUUCCGUGAGGCUGAAAUCUAUCAGACCAUCAUGCUCCGCCAUGAGAACAUCCUGGGCUUUAUAGCUGCUGACAACAAAGACAAUGGCACAUGGACCCAGCUGUGGUUGGUGUCAGACUACCAUGAAUACGGCUCUCUGUUUGACUACCUGAACCGUUACCCUGUCACUGCUGAAGGAAUGAUCAAACUGGCCUUGUCAGCUGCCAGUGGCCUGGCACAUCUGCACAUGGAGAUUCUUGGAACACAAGGAAAGCCAGGCAUUGCCCACCGAGACCUGAAGUCCAAGAACAUCCUUGUGAAGAAGAACUGCACCUGUGCGAUCGCUGACCUGGGUUUGGCUGUCCGUCACGACUCUGCCACAGACACCAUCGACAUCGCCCCUAAUCAAAGGGUGGGCACCAAGAGGUACAUGGCUCCAGAGGUGCUGGAUGAGACUAUCAACAUGAGACACUUUGACUCAUUCAAAUGUGCAGAUAUCUACGCUCUGGGGCUGGUCUACUGGGAGAUUGCACGCCGUUGUAACAGUGGAGGUAUCCAUGAAGAGUACCAGCUGCCCUACUAUGACCUGGUACCUUCUGACCCUUCCAUAGAGGAGAUGAGAAAGGUGGUAUGUGACCAAAAGCUACGACCCAACAUCCCAAAUUGGUGGCAGAGCUACGAGGCCUUGCGGGUUAUGGGCAAGAUUAUGAGGGAGUGUUGGUAUACUAAUGGAGCUGCCCGCUUGACGGCCCUACGCAUCAAAAAGACCCUGUCCCAGCUCAGCAUCCAGGAGGACAUUAAAGUCUGAGCCAAGUCAGCAGAGCACUGAGAAACAGCACCUCGGAGGACCCGGCUCAGGACCGUAGCACACAGAGAGGAAGGCGCCGGGCCUUCUUCCAAGAACGCACAAAGAAAGAGAAUAUGAUGGAGAGUGGCACUUUGUAAAAUAUUAUUCCAUAAACACUCCUGCCAGUUUUUGAAGCCACUUGAUUUCUGACAAACCCUACCUCGCUUACCCAGCCAAACUACCAAGAACACCUUUCCUGUCUUGUCCUCAGCUAUUGCUGCCCUACCUGAACCGUUUUCUCCUCUCUACACUCCGUACUAACAAGGAUCCUUGGACUUUCUGUACUUGUAUGCAAUCAAUAGCAGGACAUGUAAUUAACCAGUUGAUAUUUUAAAACUUCAGUUGCUGAUAUUUCCUCAAAGUCUCUUGGAUCAGAGUCCUUUAAUAGUUAACAAGCAGCAUUCGCUCUCAAUGUAUUUGUAAUGGGGCAAGCUGGGAGGGUUAGGAGUGUAUUUUACUUAUUUUUACUUAUUCUGAAAUGACCAGAUCUUGUUAAUAGUUUGUGUUUUUGUGAGGUUAUUGUGUAGGUUUCUCUGUGCCACACCGACACCACACAGGCACAUCUCAAACCGCUUAGAAAUCCUUGAAGGCAAGUAACCCAUCUGGUUCUGCUACAACAGUGUCGCUUAGCCGUCUGCUGAUUACCAUGUAAGCAUGUAGUAGUUGAGACAGCUGGCGUAAAAGCAACCCAUUGACUUUGAACAUGGUGUAUUGUGACUUCAAAGUCACUGGAGCUUCAGGGCACGUUGCCAAAUAUGAUGUAACCUUUGGACCACUUGCCUGGAGCACUUCCCAUAAGCUGUUGUAAACCUCAGGUCCGCAGUGUGCUUACCAAUCAACAAGCUUUUUUUUUUUUUUGAGGGUCUGUUAAAACAAGUUUUAGCAA